AUGUCCGUCGACGCUGCCACAAGCCAAAUGGCCACCACCACCCUCAACGAGCCCUCGUCCACCGCCCAAGGAGCAUCCGUUGGCGCGGGCGGCGACCAGCCCAUCAAUGCCAGCCAGAACGAGGCCGUCAUUGCCAGCGCUGCUGAGGGAAGGAGAUUGUAUAUUGGAAACCUCGCCUAUGCGACCACUGAGGGAGAGUUGAAGGACUUCUUCAAGGACUACCUUGUCGAGACCACGUCCAUCCCGACCAACCCACGCACCACCCGUCCUGUCGGCUACGCCUUUGUCGAUGUCUCCACGCCUUCCGAGGCCGAGCGUGCCAUCAACGAACUCAACGGCAAGACCAUCCUCGACCGCAAGGUCUCUGUCCAGCUCGCCCGCAAGCCUGAGCCAGCAGCCGCAACCGAGGGUGCAGCCGAAGGAGGCGAGGGACAGCAGCGCCGUCGUCCAUCUACCCGCGGUCGUGGCCGUGGUGGACGAACCCGCUCUGGCCGUGGAGGCCGCAAGGGUGGCAAGGGUGUUGAGGGCGCUGAUGGAGAGGGUGCCGAGGAAGGCGCCGUCAACGGCGGGCCCACCAACGUUCCAGGCCAAGCAGCUCCUCUCACCUCCACCACCAACGAGGCUCUUACUUCCGAAGCCGGCGCUCCAGAUGCUGACGCCAAGAAGACUGGCAAGAGCUCGGCUCCCCGCGAACGCAAGCAGCGUGGCCCACCUGAGGAUGGCGUUCCCAGCAAGACCAAGAUCAUGGUCGCCAACCUCCCGUACGACUUGAAGGAAGAGAAGCUCCUCGAACUCUUCAGCGAAUACAGCCCAACCAGCGCCAAAAUCGCCCUCCGUCCCAUCCCCAAGUUCAUGAUCCGCAAACUUCAAGCCCGCAACGAGCCGCGCAAGGGCCGAGGCUUCGGCUUCGUAACGCUCACUAGUGAAGAGCUGCAACAGAAGGCGUGCACGGAGAUGAACGGCAAGGAGAUUGAGGGCCGAGAGAUUGCCGUUAAGGUCGCGAUUGAUAGCCCGGGCAAGGAAGAUGAGGAUCCCAACGGACUGGGAGACGGGGGUGCGGAUGUAGAGGGCACACCUACCACUGCUGAAGGGACCGCUGGGUUGAAUGUUACUACUGCCGCUUAG